AGCAAGUACAAUGGCCGACGAGAGCACAAAGUCGCGCAAGUCGGGCAGGACAGCAGAGCAGGAGGCGGCCCGUGCAGCCCGCAAGGCUGCCAAGAAGGCCGCCGCCGCCGAGGCAGCAGCUGAACCAGCCACCGAGGCUUCCCCCGAGGCCUCCGCCGAGCCCGCCGCCGAGGCCAGCUCGAAGAAGCGCCGCGCUGAGGACGAGGGCGACAACCCCGACCUGCUCGAGAUUGAUCUUGCUGCCGAGGCACCAAUGUCCAAGGCCGAGAUCCGUGCCGCCCGCAAGCGUGCCAAGCGUGGCGACGCCCCUCUGGAGCGCUCGAGCAAGCCGGUCGGCGAGAACGACAAGGACGCCGGCGACGAGACCAAGCGACACACGGGCGAGAAGGCGGUCAAGGAGAAGGCUCCCAAGGCCACCAAGGGCGAGUGGUCGGUCUGGGUCGGCAACAUUGCGUUCAGGACCACCCCGGACAGCCUCAAGGAGUUCAUCGAGAAGGGUAUCGUUGAGCUUGGCGGCGAGGCGGACAGCGUUACACGCGUCAACCUGCCCAAGAAGCCUGGAAACGGCAGCUUUGCGGCCAACAAGGGCUUCGCCUACGUCGACCUCAAGACCGAGGCGCUGCAGUCGCUUGCCAUCGGCCUGAGCGAACGGCCAUUUGACGGACGUCGCCUGCUGAUCAAGGCUGGAAACGACCACAAGGCCAACCCCGAGGCGCGUACACCCAAGCCGUCGACGUCCGCCCCUGGAAACGACCGCAUCCUCGCCCAGGCAACCCAGAAGCACCCCGAGAGUGCCACUCUGUUCAUUGGCAACCUGCCAUUCGACGUGACGGAGGACGAGCUCCGUGACUUGGUGGAGGGAAACGCCGAGGUUGUCGAGGAGGACGAGGAGGAAGAGGUCAAGGAGGAGGAGAAGGAGGAGGGAGGGGAGGGGGAGCAGGAGGAGGAGGGAGAGGACGAGGAUGGCGAGGCCAAGCCCAAGGCCCCUGCUGCCAUGUCCAGCCGCUCGGGCAUCAAGUCUGGUCUUAUCAAGACGCGUCUCGCCCAGUUCGAGGAUACUGGCCGCUGCAAGGGGUUCGCCUUCUGGGACUUCAAAUCGGCACUGCACGCCAAGCGCGCUGUGCUCAACCGCAAGAACCACUAUCUCCGUGGCAACCGGUUAAACCUGCAGUUUGCAAGUGAGGAGGCACAAAAGCGGUCCGGCGGACGCCGUGGAGACGGUGGCGGCGGACGAGGCCGUAGUGGUGGCCGCGGUGGCGGACGUGGCGGACGGCCACAGCGUGAGCCGCGAUACUUUGAGCAGGAGGGCGGCGACGAGAGUCACCGUGCAAGCGGCAACGACUUUGAGUCGGAGCGUGGUGCUCAGUCGCGCAUCGCCGCGUCGUUCGCUGCUGGUGGUGACGAUGCCGCGACAUCGGAGUCUCGUGGCGGAGACAAGCGCGGCAAGAAGUGGGAGUCGAAGGGCCGCCAGGCUCCUGGUGCUGCGCUUGCCAUGGCCAAGCGUGAAAAGGUUGGCAUUGUAGCUUCUGAGGGAUCCAAGGUUACGUUUGACUAGUGUGUUGUGCUUGAUACUAUGCAUAGAGACCAUUCGCA